AUGUUCACGCUGCGGGCGGCGACGCUCGCAGACCUCCCGCAGCUGGUAAAGCUCGCCAGCCCGCCCUUUGCCACCGGAGCCAUGCAGGAGGCUGGCCUGGUGUUCAGCCGCCACGAGAUCGAAACAUACCUUGCAUGGCGCCUGCCUCGUUUACUUUCCGAUCCAGCCGUGGUUAUUCUGGUCUUGCUCUUUCACCCCGUAAACUCAUUCAAAAAAGUCUCCGCGAAACCCGUCGGCUGUACGAUCGUCCGGCUCGGCUCGGCCCGCGCAUCGCCCGGACUUCCCUAUCGCGACGUCAUGUCCAUAUUUGCGACACGCACCAUCUCCGACAUGCUGGUGUGGCCUGAUACACAUGUGGCCGAAGUGCAUUCCCGCUUUGAAGCGGUACGCGCCCAACUUGAGGCUUCUCUACCACAAGAUCGCUCCGCCGUGCUUUUCUACCACAUAGACCCUGAGUUCCAAGGUAUCGGACUGGGAACAACGAUGCUCUCCGAUGCGGUGGUGCAGAUUGCAGAAUUGGAUACCCGCAAGGCGCCCUUGAUGGCUGUACUUCGCGAUGCAGAUGUUGGAUUUGGUCAAAUCGCGGGAUUUCAAUCCGUCAAAGGCCUGGGUGGUCUCAAGCUGUACGAGUCGUCUGCUUUGGCGAGCGGUUGA